AUGUAUGUCGGUGAUAAAAGCAAAGGUUGGAUAGCUAUUACUCGUUGUUGGGGCAUCUUCGCGUCAAUUUUCAUGUCCUUGGUGCUGGUAUUUUGCAAUGGAACCACUCAUUUUUUAAUUUUUUUAAGGAUGACUAAGAAGAAUGUUAUUCGCUUUACUGACUUGGGUCUCUCCACACCCGUUCCCCAAGUCUUGUCCACUUCAAAAGGAGAGAAAAAGAAGAAAAGACUUGAGGUUAAGAGUGAAAGGAACCUACGUACGAAGGAGGCAGAAAAACAACUUUCUCUUGCAAGAGAAAAAGUGGAGAAACAUAAGGAGUACGUGAAGUCUGAGGCAUGUGCCAAGCAAAAGGAAAAGGCUGAAAAAAGGAAAGCACUCAACGAUAUGCGAGUGUCCCUUCAUGAACGUCGAGAAAAUGAAGAAAAGCUUCAGAAACAGCGUGUUGUUUCCUCCCAACAAGAAUACAUAUCUAAACUGGUAGCCAAUAUUGCGGAGGAAGAAGGCAGAACACGGCAGGUACGAGAGGCUAUCGAUCGUGAUACGUUGGAUCUAGCUAAGUUUGCCCCCCAAAGUGUUUGCAUUCAUGUGAAAAGACACCCACAUAUCGAAUUAACACGGAAAGAACUUCCGGUUCUCAGGGAGGAACAGGCAAUUGUUGAAGCCAUAAAUAGUACGUCUCGAACAUGCGUUCUCAUUUGCGGAGAAACUGGAAGUGGGAAGACAACGCAAAUUCCUCAGUUUUUAUGGGAAUGCGGUUAUGGUGAUCCAAAGGGAUCUCCCUUUGGAAGGGAAGGAUGUAUAUUGGUUACGGAGCCGCGGCGUGUUGCCGCGAUAUCUAUGGCAAGGCGUGUUGCUGAGGAACUUAACGUACCCUUUGGAGAGGACGUUUGCUAUCAGGUCCGUUACGACAACAAUCUUUCGGAUGGUUUUAAAAUAAAAUUUGCGACGGAGGGUAUUGUUCUUAAGGAAAUUCAGUCUGAUUUCUUGCUUAGAAAGUACAGCGUGAUUAUUGUGGAUGAAGCUCAUGAACGAAGUGUUACAGGUGAUAUUCUUAUCGGAAUGUUGUCUCGCAUCAUGCCUACGAGGAAUGACCUGUACUUAGAAGAAUUGAGGAAAAAUGGUGGGCUUCCGCAGAUGACAACGCUGAAGCCCUUAAAGUUGGUGAUAAUGUCAGCCACAAUGCGUGUUGCAGAUUUCAGGGAUAAUCGAAAGCUGUUUCCUGUGCCACCACCUUUUAUUUGCGUGGAGGCCCGUCGCUUUCCAGUGACAAAUCAUUUUUCAAAGAGGACGGAAUUAUUUAACUACGUUGACGAGGCGUUUCGUAAGGUUUGUCAAAUUCACAAAAAGUUACCGCCAGGUGGAAUUCUGGUCUUCCUUUCGACUCAGUACGAAAUCGGGCUGUUGUGCGACCGACUGCUAUUACACUAUGCAAAGACGAAGAUUGAAUACUGCGAAACUUCAUACUCCAAGCAUGCCUUACUUACUUCUGAGUUACCGACUACACCGAGUGAGUCUGAUGAAAGUGAGUCAGAUAUCGAAAGAGAUGAAUUUGGACUUGCAACUGAGGAUUAUGCGUUGGAUAAAGAUGAUACGGAGCUAGAAAACUGUAAUAUCGGUAGAAAGCGUUGCAGAAAUGCUGCAGGAUCUCCAGAGAAGGCAGAAGGAUUUGCUGAUGAAAGUGAGGUGAAUGGUGAGCUCAAUACACUACAUGUCCUUCCCUUGUAUGCACUGAUGAAUUUCUCGAAACAACAGGAGGUUUUCCAGCAACCUCCAGCAGGAAAGCGUUUGUGCGUUGUGGCUACAAAUGUAGCCGAGACUUCGAUCACUAUUCCUAAUAUACGUUAUGUGGUAGAUUCUGGCCGAGUGAAAACAAAGACGGUAGACGAAUCUACUUGUGCAAGCUGCUUCCGAAUAGAGUGGACAAGUCAAGCUUCUGCUGAACAGCGUAGUGGGCGUGCCGGUCGUGUGGCACCUGGACAUUGUUAUCGUCUGUAUAGCACUGCCGUUUACUCGAAUUUGAUGCCUAAACACAGUGCUCCAGAGAUUUUGAGGACUUCAUUAGAAUCUGUGGUUCUCUUAAUGAAGCAUUUCGGCAUCAACCAUGUUGGGACCUUUCCAUUUCCAUCUCCCCCCAAAGAGGCCGAUUUGAAGCGCGCAUUGACUCACUUGGGGCUUAUUGGAGCUUUGAACUCCGAUGAUGAAUUCCGGAUUACUGCAACGGGCAGACGGCUUGUUGCUUAUCCUAUUCCCCCGCGUUUCUCUCGAGUGAUCGUUGAGGGAAUAGACCGUAAGCUUCCACGGUUUCUCAUUACUCUAAUUACGCUGAUCGCAUCUAUCUUUUCCACCACGACGAGCGUAUUUACGGAUGAAGGACAUCGGAUAAAAUGGAAAAGCAAAGAUAUUUCUGAUGAUGAAAAAGAACGAAAGCAGCGUCUCCAGGCGCUUUUGCAUCCUGGAAGCGAUUUACUUACUUCCCUGAACGCACUUCUGGUAUAUAUGAACAACUCUAGUGCGGUGAAUUGUGAUCGCUACUGUCUUGUCCAAAAGAGCCUUUCAGAAGCUAAACAACUUGGUGACCAACUACUAGUACUAGCGAGUCGCGAUACAGCUGAAGAACCUGUUGAAGGCGCCAGCGAUGCUGAUGUCGUUGGACCAGAGCAACUUUUUGAGGAAAGAGCCCUCGCCCACCUCUCGAAGAAUCAGGAAAUAGUGAUUAGGAAAUUGUUUAUAAUUGGUCUUGUUGAUCAGGUAGCACGUCGAGCCACGGUGCAAGAAUGCCGGUCUCACGGUGUAGAAUACAAGAGCGAUAAGACGACGAAAACACCCUACAUUACAGUUGCGAACCACAUUAUAGUUUACGUUCAUCCUUCGAGCUCAAUAGCAAGAACAUAUCCUCCACCAGAAUACGUCACCUUUGUCACACUACAAAAGAAUGUGCGUUCUGAGACAAAAGAGUCGCUUACCCUGAUGCUGGGCCUUACUAUCGUGACAAAGGAGUGGCUGCAUGAAUGCGCUGUCACUGUCGAGUAA